UUUUAGCUCUUUUUUCUCUCUUAUGAUUAUAGCAAAUUUAUAUGUAAUUGUAUAUUUGUAACGAACAUUACCAGUAAAAUUGGACUCGCAAAACUUUAAUCGUGGUUCUGAGUUAUGGUAAUCUGGUCUUAGUGGCCGUGCAAACGGGGUUUAAUUCAGGAGUGUGCUGUCUGUUGUAAUGUAUUCUAGGAGGUCUGUUUUAAACAAAAUCAUCCGUAUUCGCAACAUCAAGAUCGCUCUAAUGGUGCAAUCGUUCGUUACAACGUGCGCUGUAAUCUUCAUGAUGUUUCAAACGUCAACCUUGGAAGAUUACGCGCGCUGGGAGAUAGAGGUGAAGGACAUGCGUGAACGUUGCCACGGUUGCUGUGUCAUGAAAAAUGAUAGCAUGCUUGCGAUAACAAGCGAGCCAAGUCUUUCAGAGAAGCUUCAUAAAUUUUCUCGAGCUUUAAGGACAUAUGAUGUACCAAAAGAACUACUUCAAAUUCUUCACGAUGCGGAACGUCAAAUCGAGAAAUUUGAAAGGGAAAUGAAAUAUAAGGAAGAAAACACUGAUCGCGUGAAUCAACUUCAACAAAAUUUCAUUGAGGAAGAUAUAUACGCUGACCAGGAACUCUUGCCAAAAACAAAACCAACGUGGAAGCCAAAACUUAAACUGAAAUCUGAAAGCAAUGUUGAAAAGUCAAUUUUACGAAGUCAGGCUGAAAGCCAAACACGAAAGCAAUGAAAAU